AUGUGGUCACGCAACGCUCUGGCCGUGAACAAGUUGACGAGUGCUUUGCGUUGGAAUUUCCAGCGAUGCCCUUUGAUAAAUGUAUCAAAGUGCACUUUGAGAAUUUGCUCAAAAUCCUCGGGUCGAGCCGAGAACAACCAGUCGUUCUUGCCCGGUUGGCGCAGUACGAACGGCGCUCCGUUGCGAGCGACACUGGUCUCGACCAGCCAGUCCUGGAACCGAUCGAGGUUGCGAGCCAUGAGCAGCGUAUGUCCCAGAAUCGGGUGUCCACCGGGCAGAUACGGGACCGGUUUGACUUUCUCUUCUUCAUCGUCCGAGUCGAUUGCGUAG